AUGUCUUCAGCUAAGCAAUCCACCACCUUCAAGGGUGCUGGUCGCAUCGAUGUGCACCAUCAUUGCUUCCCAGCCACUGUCGCUGAAUUGCGAUCGGAGUUCCAGGAUAACAAGUUUGGGAUUGCCUUUACCGACUUCCCUGUGAAGCCUGAAGAGCAUAUCCAGUAUAUGGAUGAGGUUGGUGUGCAGACCGCUGUUGUUACUCCAUCCAUAAAGAAUGAAUGGCACAACAGAUUUACGAAAGACCAAUUUCUACAGCUGUGUGAAGACUCCCUCAAAGCACAGCUGGAAUACGUCUCCUAUAACCCGCUAAGAUUCGGCUGUUUUGCCAUUCUACCAUUGCCUCAUAUCGAGGAAACUCUCGCCUUCAUCAAGAAAACGUCGAUUCUGCCUCUGCCCCCUGACGGCUGGGGUGUGACGACAGCAAUGGGCGAGAAAUACCUUGGAGAUCCAGCAUUUGAACCUGUAUGGGCAGAACUUGCUCGACAAGGAUCAGUUGUUUUUGUUCAUCCUGCAGACACCGUCAUGCCACCGGGCAUACCAUUUGGCCCCUUCGUUCAAGAAUUCCCAUUCGACACUUGCCGUGCCAUCACGACGGUCAUCAGUUCUGGACUGCUCCUUCGCCAUCCCAAUGUGAAGUUUCUUUUCUCUCACAACGGUGGCGCAUUCCCCUUCCUGGCUGACCGCAUUGGUGCUCAACACAUUGACGAAAUCAUCGCCAAAAACAAUAACGGACUGCGUCUGCGAGAAAUCUUGUCUACCAAGAACAUAUACUUCGACACUAGUAUCUCGAGCUCAUAUCAGUAUCCGCUUUUGAAGGAGUUGGGUGUUCCUCAUGAGCGUCUCCUUUAUGCCACUGAUUUCCCUUACACGAGGCGUGGUGACUCCACCAGUUGUUAUCUGGCAGGAGCGGAUGCACCGCGAGCUUCUGGCUUAUUUAAUGACCAAGAAAUGGAGGACAUUUUCAGGAACAACUCCCUCAAGCUUUUCCCACGAUUGGCUAAGGAAUAUGCUAAACUGCAAUAG